AUGACAGCCGCGAACCCCCAUCGCCAACGGCGAACCCCCAACGCCAGCCUCUAUACCGCCGCCAGCCCUGAAACCCCAACCCCAGCCGCGCAACCACAACGCCGCGAACACCCAACGGCAGCCGCGAAAUCCCAUCGUCAGCCGCGAACUCCCAACGCCAGCCACGAAACCCCAAUGCCAGUCUCUAUACCCAAACAGCAGCAGCAAAAACCCACCGCCAGCCGUGAAAUCCCAACGCCAGCCUCGAAAACGCAACGCCAGCCUCUAAACCCCAACGCCAGCCGCAAAACCCUAACGCCAGCCGCGAUACCGCAACCUCAGCCGCGAUACCGCAACCUCAGCUGCGAACCCCCAACGUCAGCCGCGAACAUCCAACACCAGCCACGAAACCGCAACCCACGAAACCCCGCCAGCUGCGAAAUCCCCACCAGCCGCAAAACUCUAACGUCAGCCAGCCGCGAAACCCCGCCAGCUGCGAAAUCCCCUCCAGCCGCAAAACUCCAACGUCAGCCGCGACCCCCGCGAACCCUCAACGCCAGUCGCGAACCCCCAACGUCAGACGCGAACCCCCAACGCUUGCCGCGAAACCCCAACGCCUGCCGCGAAACCCUAACGCCAGCCACGAACCACCAACGCCAGCCCCGAAAUCCCAACGUCGGCUGCGAAACCCCAAUGCCAGCUGGGAAACCACAAUACCAGCCGCGAAACCCCACCGUCAGCCGCGAACCCCCAUCGCUAGGCGUGAACAACCAACACCAGCCGCAAACCCCCAACACCAGCCGCGAACCCCCAACGCCAGCAGCGAACCCCCAAUGCUAG